AUGCAGGAGAGAAGCCAGUCCGGCCAACCCAGGCUGCAGAAGAAGUGCAGCACAACCUGCUGCUCGACGGACGGGAAAGCCGCCGCCAAGUCGAAAAACAAGGCUAGCCCCCACUCCGACUCCAGUCCCGUCUUGACCAUGCAUUCCUCGGUGUCAAUCGUGCUGCUGAUCAUGGGGCCCUCCGGCGAGAAGCCGCGCGGCGAGCUGGCGGUCAGCGGCUCCAGCCCCUGCUCCGCCGAGCACCGGAGGGCGCCCGCAGGUGAUCGACAGCGGCAGCACCCCUCCAAGAUCCAAGGGCGGCUCCCUCCCUGCCGCUGUGCCCCCGGGCUGCUCGGGUAUAAGAGAAAAAAGGGCUUGUGUUAUGGGGAAGCGGAAGAGGAGGAGGAGGAGGAGGUCCCCUGA